AUGCCACCAAAAAAGGUGACGUUACCGGCGUUCACAAAGAUGGAAGCCAGGGUCGAAGCGUUAGAGACGAUGUUGGAGAAAUGCUUGGGUAAGUCGUUGACUGUAGACGAAGGAGAUGCGAGCGUAUCCGGCAAAGGUACGGCGAGUACGAUUGUCAACAGCCGUCAUGGAGAUGCUUUGACAGAGUAUCGCCAAUCCGUGAAGAAGUUGACAGAAUUGAAGCAAGAAGGAACGGUUGAGGAAUAUAUCACGGAGUUUGAAUACCUAACGUCUCAGAUAGCGAAGCUACCAGAGAAACAAUUUCGUGGGUAUUUCUUACAUGGGUUGAAGGAAGAGAUUAGGGGGAAGGCACGUAGCUUGGUGGCAAUGGGGGAAAUGAGCAGAACAAAAUUGCUUCAAGUCACAAGAGUUGUGGAGAGAGAGGUGAAAGGGGGAAACAACUUUCAUCGUGGGUCUAGAUUUAGUUAUAACCCAUCUCAUAAUGGGUCAAUAGGAAGGAAAGCCACAUCUGACUGGAUCAUGAUACAGAGGAGAGAUGUUGGGCUGCAUGGGGGUGUCAAGAGUGGAGUAAGUGGGUGCAAAGGAGACAAACAUGCCCAAAACGAAAAGAAACAUAUUGGGCCUCGUGAUAGGGAUUUCAAGCAUUUGUCUUACAAUGAAUUGAUGGAAAGGAAGCAAAAGGGGUUAUGUUUUAAGUGUGGAGGCCCAUUCCAUCCUAUGCACCAAUGCCCGGAAAAACAACUUAGAGAUUUGGUUGUGGAGGAGGGUGGAGAUGAUGUGGAUGAGACUAAAUUCUUGGCUAUAGAGGUGGAUAAAAGUGAUGAAGAGGAUAAGGGGGAGAUGAGUGUACUUAACUUGCAUCACAUUGCACAUAAGACUCAUCAUACUAUGAAAUUCCAAGGAACAAUACAAGGAGUAGAGGUAUUGAUUUUGGUGGAUAGUGGGACAACACAUAAUUUCAUUUUGCAAAAGUUAGUGCAUCAAAUGGACUGGCCAAUUGACACUACUGUUGUACCUUAA